AUUCCGGCUUUCAUUCUAGCCGGCGGAAGAUACAUUGAGGAGAGGUGGCAGAUACGUUGCCCCAGAUAGCUGAGCUGUCAUAGAAUGUUUUGGUGAUUGAUUUCUCGUUUCAGUGCAUUCAAGUCCUCAACCGGGUUUGCUUCGGGCGGUCAUUAUCGUUAUUUCAAUCGAAAGUGUCGUUAUUGCAUUAUAGGAGCUAAUUUUCGUGGUUUGCGAAACGCAGUUCAAUUAGUCUAGAAAACAAUCUAUAAAUUGAGAAAAUACCACGAUUGUCAUCUAAUACUCGCCGCCGAUACCGAUAAGUGGAUCAUCGGAGCAGCUCGUAGUCGUCGUAUGUUAUUAAGAAAACAUUUCCGUGCACGCGAUCUUUUCUGGUGCCAAAACUGUGAGGCGCGAAAAUACGUCACAGUGCAACAAAUAUAAAUAUCAUAUUUGUGAUGCGAUAAGUUUCAAGGUGGAGAGAAAUUAACGUCGAAGCAAAUUAAGAAAAACUCACCCAUUUGGACGACAGCCUCCCGCCAGCGAACAGCGCCCGCUCAACACGCCAGAUUUCCGCAACUGACUCGAGAUUUUUUUUUUGGAAGACGUUGAAUAUGGCCCAGCAAGCAGAGGUUAAUGGAGUCAGUUCCAAUAUCAAGGAUUUCGAUUCCUUAGCACCUUCUAUUCAAGAGCUAGUUGAUGUUGCCAUCGCAGUUCGAGAAAACGCCUACUGCCCUUAUAGCAACUUUCCGGUUGGAGCUGCAAUUCGUACUACAGAUGGAAAAAUAUACGCAGGCUGUAACGUUGAGAAUGGAGCCUACGGGCCGACAGUUUGUGCCGAAAGAACUGCCAUUUCGAAAGCGGUUAGCGAAGGAUACACAUCAUUCACAGAAAUAGCAGUUGUUGCUUUCCAAGAACAUGAUUUCACAUCACCUUGUGGAAUGUGCAGACAAUUCAUGUCGGAAUUUGUUUCAGAUGAUAUGCCAGUAUAUAUGGCUAGACCUUCGUGUACUGAGGUUUUAUGUUCUUCAGUGUGUGGUUUACUUCCUCAUAGGUAUAUUCCAACUCAUGAUAAAAAGUAGAGAGUUCCAUGUUCUUCUGAAGUUUAAAUUGCUAAUGUCUUCCUUCUUCAACAUUUGAUAUUUUUGUUGAUUCAACAGCGAUAUAUAGUUUUAUGUAAAACAUAGUUUUCAAAUUGAGAUGAAUUGACCAUAGAAUAAAAUUAGGUAUAAACAGAUAAUUGUGGAUUGUGUCGCAAUAAAAUUACUUAAUUCAAAA